AUGCUCCGAUGUCUGCAGCUGCUUGCUCCGCCCGUCUACCGCCCGUUUCACCUGCUGCGCGACCUGGCACCGGUCGGAGGUCAGUUCAAGAACCAGGGGCUGGGCGCCCCAAUGCAGAAGAGUGUGGCGCCUAGCACGGCAGCGAACCGUUUUCCCCUUAUCCCUUCGCACAAAAGUAACAAAGAUACGACAAGGGCGCCAGGGAAAUGCUCGAGCUUGCGUUCAAGGCUGACGCCCAUCUCCACACUGCAGCCGCUAGUCCAACCACACUUCUCACGAGAAAACAUCGAUACGGCUACCGCUGAGUUCUCAUUUUCGGUCCGUGGAGUCGGUCGGACCCUCACUCAUGCGGCACAGCGCAAUCGUCGGCGCAAGUCCUCAUGCAGAUUGAUAGGUCCGGCCACGGACGGUUCGCCUCACCGACCGGCAGCCAAUUCGCAGCGGAGACGUAGCUCGAGUCUCAUCUUUGUCACAGCCAACCUCACGUGCCAUGUCUCAUGGACGACACUGCGCGAAAGCAGGCGUUUUAUUCGCGUACCCGCGAAGUCGCGAAUCGUGUCAAAGCCACUCAGAUUAUAUAGUGAGCACUUCCUAGCACUAGACCCAUAUCGGGUGUGGCGUUGCUCCCAUGAUGUGAUCUUAGAGCGGGGUGAAGCUCCCAAAUUCAUCCAUAUAUUCACCUUGCCAGUGGCAGUGCGCCGCCUUGUGAUGGCGCGUUUGGCUGCUGGCAGAUAG